GCUCUUUCCAGCUAUCCAGGCAACUACUUUGAGCACCCACACUUCCUAUUAGUACAGGAACCUUUACCACGGUUGUUUAAACUCUUUUAGCUCAUUCUAUCAAGCCUACAGGCUUUUAUAUGGGCUAUUUCGCUUUCCACCCUCAUACCAAGAAGCACAUUGGCCGUGACGUUGAUUAAACCUCUUAUUGCCACCAACAUACUACUACUGUCUACUCUUAUCUUGCUCUCUCUUUAUCCUUCUUGUCUUGUCUUGUCUUGGAAAUGGACAUUGUUCGCAUUACCAUGCUGGCUCGCCAGUCUCACCGUCAUUCUCUUCAUUCAGCUCCCCUUGCUCAUAUUGAAACAGUCUCGGCAGCUCAAACCUCCCUUUCAAUGGCUGACUGCUUUUCUGACCAUUCUCACGCAUCCACCGCCUCGUGUUCUGCAAGAACCACUACGGCCGACCUUGCUCAAACCCCUGUGGUCAUGACCCCCGCUUCACGAAGCAGCUGGCGACUGCAAUCACUUUUUUCUGCUUUUGGUCUAGCCUAGUCGCAUGCAGAUAUGGCAAAUCUCGUCUAGUCCAUUUACUCGCCUCAUUUUGACAAAGUCUUGUUGAUUUAUUCAAACCAUUGUUUUGCCCAAAUACAGAGUUGGCUAUUGUCCGCUCAGAUUCGCAUGUGUUUUUUGCAGAGGUUAGAAAAUAAACAGCUUGAACUUUCAAUAAUGG